AUGUACACCUACCCAAUCUACGCACACCCAAAUGAUCUUGAACGUGCAGCUUCUUACAUCCCCCUACCAGAACAAACUGAAUCCACCGGUUCUCCUGCCGAUAAACGGCGGCCAUGUAAGGGUAUCGUCGGUAUCUUCCUCUCCGUACUCUUUCUCUUCUCUUUGAUAGUUCUGAUAGUCAACCAAAGACCAGAACCUCAAGAAGAAGUCAAUGUCCAUCAACAAAAGCCUUUGCCUUCUACGCCGGUUUCACCGGUAACAUUGAAACCACCGUCAAGAGGGGUGUCACAGGGCGUAUCGGAGAAGACUUUCCGGGAGGUAUCUGGUGAACCUGUCUACCCUUGGACCAAUGCUAUGCUGUCUUGGCAAAGAACGUCUUACCAUUUUCAACCUGAGAAGAAUUGGAUGAAUGGUAGGUAA